AAGAAAAGAGAAGCAGUUGAAACAGUAGCAGGUGAAAACGGUGGCAGAAACCAUUAUGCAGACACUGGCAAUAUGACGCUACUGUCCAGCAUCCUUGAUUCCGGCGGAAGUGUAUCCGUUCAGCGACUCACCCGCUUGCUGCGUCAGUCCAGCCCAUCCGCAUCCGCCUCUGGCACAGCCCUGGCCUCCGAAUCCAUGGUGGAGCCAACCGCCUCGCAAAUGCUUAACGAAAUCACCGACGGAAGACGAGUACCCAGUCUGGGUCAGGAUCUAGCCACAACAACAGAGACUACCGGCCAAUCGAAUGUCAUCAUUGAUCGCGUGACAAACGUGGCCAAAAUGGCACUGGAGGCGACGGUGAUGGAUGAUCAGGUACUGGCCGGUGUGAAUGCCAGUGCCCAUUGGAAUAUGACACUGUCCUCGUCGACGGCCACCAACUAUGAGAACUGUUCGGCAUUAUUCGCCAACUAUACCCUGCCACAAACAGGUCUUUAUUGUAAUUGGACCUGGGAUACUCUGCUCUGCUGGCCACCCACUCCAGCCGGUGUCCUUGCCCGGAUGCACUGUCCCGGCGGCUAUCAUGGUGUUGAUACCCGAAAGUUUGCAAAUCGAAAAUGCGAACUGGAUGGCCGCUGGGGCAGCCGACCAAAUGCCACGGAACCGAGUCCGGCGGGAUGGACCGAUUACGGGCCGUGCUACAAGCCGGAGGUGAUACGCCUGAUGCAGUCCAUGGGCAGCAAGGACAUUGAUAUCUAUAUAGAUAUUGCCAGAAGAACUCGCACCCUGGAGAUUGUGGGCCUGUGGGUCUCACUAUUCGCUUUGGUCAUUUCACUCCUGAUCUUCUGCACCUUUCGAUCGCUGCGGAACAACAGGACCAAGAUCCAUAAGAACCUCUUCAUCGCCAUGGUGCUGCAGGUGAUAGUACGACUGACUCUCUACCUGGAUCAGUAUCGGAGGGGGAACAAGGAGGCGGCCACCAAUACGAGUCUAUCGGCAAUAGAGAAUACGCCCUAUUUGUGUGAAGCCUCUUACGUCCUUCUGGAGUACGCCCGCACCGCCAUGUUCAUGUGGAUGUUUAUCGAAGGACUCUACCUCCAUAACAUGGUCACCGUGGCUGUGUUUCAGGGCAGCUUUCCCCUCAAAUUCUUCUCCCGCCUGGGCUGGUGUGUCCCCAUCCUGAUGACCUUUGUGUGGGCCCGGUGUACGGUCAUGUAUAUGGACACCUCGAUGGGCGAGUGUCUGUGGAACUAUAAUCUAACGCCCUAUUACUGGAUCCUCGAAGGACCAAGACUAGCGGUCAUAUUGCUGAAUUUUUGUUUUCUGGUUAAUAUCAUAAGAGUCCUGGUGGUGAAGCUGAGACAGUCGCAGGCCAGUGAUAUUGAACAAACCAGAAAGGCGGUUCGGGCCGCCAUUGUCCUGUUGCCUUUAUUGGGUAUUACCAAUCUUCUCCACCAACUGGCUCCUUUGAAAACGGCCACGAACUUUGCAGUCUGGUCCUAUGGAACGCACUUUCUCACAUCCUUUCAAGGAUUCUUUAUAGCGCUCAUCUAUUGUUUUCUCAAUGGAGAGGUUCGUGCUGUUUUACUAAAGAGCCUGGCCACUCAAAUGUCCGUGCGUGGCCAUCCGGAAUGGGUGCCCAAACGGGCAUCCAUGUAUUCCGGAGCCUACAAUACAGCCCCGGAUACGGAUGCGGUUAUCCAACAGCCUGGCGACAAUCCUGCCACUGGAAAAAGAAUAUCCCCUCCAAAUAAAAGGCUUAAUGGCAGAAAGGCCAGUAGUGCCAGUAUAGUGAUGAUCCAUGAGCCGCAACAGCGACACCGCCUAUUGCCACGCCUCCACAGUCAGAGAAAGGACCGGGACAAGAUCAAGGAUAGGGAUAAGGAAAACGAUAGGGAUCGGCAGCGGGAUGAUAGGCAACUGGAGGAGACGGAAGCUGAUCCGGCAACGACUCGUAUUCAUAGCAAGGAGACGGCGAGAACGGGCCGAAAUCGUGGCUCCAAGUGGAUGAUGGACAUCAUCUGCUUCCGGGGUCAAAAGGACAAAUGUGUGAUGCCAGGCUCUCAAAAGUCACAGCAGAUAUUUAUGACGUCACAGCUGCCGCCGACGUCAAAGCUGGCAGCCAUUACAACAACAUCGUUAAGCACUACAACAGCUACAACAACAACUACAAUCGCAACCGUAGCAGCAGCAGCAGCAUCCGUUAAAACAACAACAGCAACAACAAUAUCCACGAUAACAAAAUCGAAAGCUAAAGCCAAGGCGAUCACUAAAAAUCAUCGAACGCCGAAAGCCUAACCUCAAAAAAUAAAAGAAGUGCUAGUGCUAUUUGUCUCACUUCCACUACAACUACAUGCAUCUUGCUAUCCUCUCUUCGCUCGGAGAGAGAGAGUAGCAUGCCCAGCUUAGCAUCCAAGGGCACAACUGUACU